AUGAUUGGGUGUCCUAACCAUCCCGGGGUCGCUCUCAUCGAAGACGCUCGUGCAGGCGAUAUCAUCUGCCCGGAAUGUGGCCUCGUCGUCAGCGAACGGGCCAUUGACGUGAGCACCGAGUGGCGCUCCUUUUCCAACGACCACAAGGGCGGCGACCCGUCGCGCGUUGGCGCCCCGGAGAACCCGAUCAUGAAUGGGAGCGACCUGCACACGUGCAUCGCUGUUAACGCCUUCUCGAGCGAGGCUGACCAGCGUCUCUACACCAACCAGCGCCGUUCCGCUAGCAAUGCCGACCGUCAGCUCGUGCAGGUCACCCAGAUUCUUCGCGAGAUGUGCGCCCGUGUGCACCUGCCCACGUCGAUCGAGCUGACGGCGGCCAGCACUUUCAAGCGCGUCUACGACACUGGUUCCCUGCGGGCCAAGAAUGUUGAGGCUCAAGCCGCUGCCUGUCUAUACAUAGCCUGUCGUCGCGAGCAAGUGCCUCGCACGUUCAAGGAAAUCUGUGCCAUCAGCAACGUCUCCAAAAAGGUCAUCGGGCGCCUCUUCAAGCAAAUAAUCGCGCUCACUGAAUCGUCGCUGACUCACAUCAAUGCCACCGAUUUCAUGUCGCGCUUCUGCGCCAACCUCGGUCUUUCUGCGAAGGUUGAGAACGUGGCCAUCCACGUCGCCCAAGAAGCGAACCAAAACGACUACGUCCCGGGCCGUAGCCCGGUCUCUGUGGCGGCGGCUGCGAUCUUCCUAGCUUCGCAGAUGUCGGCGGAGAAAGUGAACACGAAGCAGGUGCACGAAGUCACUGGCGUCGCCGAAUGCACGAUUCGUCAGACUUACAAACUCAUGCUGCCUCAUGCUACGCUUCUGCUUCCCGUGGGCUACGAGCCGGACACGCCCAUCUACCAGCUACCGACUUGU